ACUACAGUCGAAAAUGACUGGCACAUGGCCUUAAAUUCCAAGCUCUCACCUUUUCAUCUCGUCCUCCUCCGCCUCUCUCACCUUCUUCUGCAUCCUUCGCCUUUUCCUAACCUUCUAUCCAGGUCGUUGAGUCUGUUCUCCCGAGUUUUCUUGCAUUGUUUGUGUUGUUGGAGUUGACAUGGUUUGGUGACUGGAAUACAUCCCCCCUUUGCGCAGAGAAGAUAAAUGGAGGUCUCGAUAUGACCCGGACACCCAAAACCCCGUCGCCGUACGCAGGAACGUAGUGAAUACUGGGUGGCUGCAUCGGGUCGCCGGUUCAACGCAUGGGCGGCACUGAUUGCACCUCCUGCUUACGGGGCGGCCUUCUCCUCCAGCGGACUUGAUUGAUACGCCUUGGCGGUUUGCGUUGGUGAUAUUAUAUAUAGAGAGGUAGGAGUGGAAGAGUGGAAGAGAGGGAGGCUUGGAUGGAGGCGGGGGCGCAGGAGUCCGUCGGCGGUGCAGGGGCGGGCGAGGACGUCACCGUCAGGGCGGCACGGAAGCGGUUCGAGCGGCUCUUGGCGGUAAGAUGCAAGGCGAUGAAGGGGAAGGGUGCGUGGUACUGGGCCCACCUGGAGCCUGUCAUGGUGGCGGACGCGGGGUCGGGGAACCCCGCGGUGGCGAAGCUCCGGUGUUCACUCUGCGCUGCGCUCUUCUCCGCGUCCAACCCCUCCCGCACCGCCUCCGAGCACCUCAAGCGCGGCGCCUGCCCCAACUUCUCUUCCCCCUCUUCCGCCACCCCCACCCCCUCCCUUGCCGCGGCCUCCGCCGCUGUCGACCCCGUUCCCAUCUCCUCGCUCCCCCCGCCCUCCCCCCGCCUCCGCCCUCAUUAUCCCCCCUCGCGGAGGCGCUCCAUCCCUGCACCGACGCCACCCAGGCCGCCCCUCGUUCUUUCCGGCGGCAAGGAGGACCUCGUCGCGCUGGCGAGGCUGGAGGACAGCGUGAAGAAGCUGAAGAGCCCCUUGGCCUCCCCGGCCGCCGCCCUCCCUAAACCCCAGGCUGACGCCGCCCUCACCCUGCUCGCCGACUGGCUCCUCGAAUACGGCGGCGCCGUCUCCCCCUCCGCGCUCGACCACCCAAAGUUCCAAUCUUUUCUCAACCAGGUCGGCCUUUCUUCUAUUUCACCUUGCCAACUGGUCUUAUCCCACCUCGAAGCUCGAUAUCUCGAGGUCCUGUCGGACUCCGAGGACAGAAUCCGCGACGCUGCCUUCUUCCAGCUCGCUUCCGAUGGCUGGAAGUCGUCAGCCACGUCUUCGGAGCAUACGCUGGUGAGCUUCGUGGCGAACCUCCCCAACGGGUCGACAUUGUUCCAUCGGUCGUUGCUGACCACCGGAGGAGCCCCUUCCGACUAUGCCGAGGAGGUCCUGUGGGAUGUCGUCGCCAGGCUGUGCGGUGGUCUCGUCGACCGGUGCGCCGGCAUCAUCGCCGACCGCUUCAACAAGAAGGCCCUUCUGAACCUUGAGAGCCGUAACCAAAGAAUGGUGAAUCUCUCCUGCCAACUCCAGGCCUUCAACAGCUUGAUCAAGGACUUCGCCCAUCAACUCCCCCUCUUCGCGAAGGUCUCCGCUAAUUGCUUGAAGCUGGCCAACUUCGUGAACAAUCAGUCUCAAGUUAGAAGCAUCUUUCUCAAGUACCAGCUCGAGGAACAUGGGCACUCCCGCCUUCUGAGGAGCCAUUGCAGCACCGGCCUCGCUGUGGUGGAGGAUGUCACGGAGUUUGCUCGUCCGAUCCAGAUGGCUGUCCUCGACGAGGACUACAAGGUUGUCUGUCUCGAGGAGCCAUCUGCGAGAGAAAUGGCGGAGCUGAUUCAAGAUGGUGGAUUUUGGACUGAGCUGGAGGCAGUUCAUUCGUUGGUUAGCUUGGUUAAGGCCAUGGCUCGAGACAUAGAGAUGGAGAGGCCAUUGAUUGGGCAAUGCCUGCCGCUGUGGGAUGAGCUGCGGUCGAAGCUCGGAGACUGGAGGACCAAGUAUGGCAUCGACGGUGGGCUCGUCGACAACGUGAUCGAUCAAAGGUUCAAGAAGAACUACCACCCGGCAUGGUCGGCAGCAUUCGUGCUGGAUCCGCUUUUCUUGAUCAAGGACACCAGCGGGAAGUACCUCCCACCUUUCAAGUGCUUGUCGCCGGAGCAGGACAAGGAUGUGGACAAGCUAAUCAUGCGAUUGGUGUCGCCGGAAGAAGCCCAUGUCGCGCUGAUGGAGCUGAUGAAAUGGAGGUCGGAGGGAUUGGAUCCGCUCUACGCGCAGGCCGUGCAGGUAAAACAGCAUGACCCAUCGACCGGGAAGAUGAGGAAUGCCAACCCACAGAGUCGCAGGCUGGUGUGGGAGACAUGUUUGACUGAAUUCAAAUGCCUUCAGAAAGUGGCUGUGAGGCUCAUUUUCCUUCACGCCACUUCCGGUGAACUCAAGCACAACUCAACAUUGAUCCGGUGGAUGUGUACGCAUGCACAAUCAAGAGCUGCACAGAAGAUGGCUUUUCUCACCGUGCACUCAAAGAUCGGAAGGAGGGAUUUCUUGAGCGACGAGGAGAAGGAUGCAGAACUCUUUAACAUGGCCGAAAACGAUGAUGCCUCUGCAGCGUAACAUCUCUCUUCUGGAAUAAUUUUUCUCUCUUUUUUUUUUUGUUUAUGUUGCUGAGUGUAGAUUAGGAUUGUAGGAAUGUUGAUUCUUUGCUUGAAUUCUCUAGCCCUUACCUGUUCUUCUAACACUUGCUCAUUAGUUUGCUUGGGGUGGAGUAAGGGCACAAAGAUCUAUUAAAUAUUUAUUCAGGGGAGUAUAAUCUUCCAAGCUGAUGAGUUUGCAGAAGGAAAGGUCUCUUGUGUUUGUUAGACAGAGAUGUUUAUAAAUAGAAAGAGGGAGAAUGAAGUAAAGUUUUGGUACUGAUUAUAUUUUGGCACUUGAUUCAUUUUGUGUUACUUUUUGAAGUUGGAAUUUCAUAGUUCAAUGUAGCAAUUCUAUGAUUCAUGUCAUAUAAUGUUCUUUAGUCAGGUGCAAAGAAA